AUAGAGGAUAUAGCUAGGGUCAAAAAUGGUCUUUUUCUUCUGUGUUCCUCCUCUGUUCCAAACGAAAGAAACAGAGACUCCAUUUUUUUUGUUCCCUUUUUCUUUAUCAUUCACAGCAGCAACGCAGAAAUAAACCCCAUUAUUAACAUUUUCAUUUUUGGUCAUUUUGACAACAAAUUUGAAUAUUGAAAUUUGAAACUCACCAUUAAAAUUUUGACAUUUUCCCCAUUGUUGUUAACUUUAAAGGGGAGAAAAGUAGUCACCAUAUUUGUGACCCCUUCCUCUCUCCUUAAAGUUUGUAUCUUUUUUUUGGGUGAAUUUGUAUGAUGGGUGGUCGUUGUUCCAAUUUAUGUUUCUGUUUAUGGCCUUCAAAUAUCAAGUCUCAUGCUUUAUAUUCCUCAGAUAUAGAAAAAUGGGCGGAGAAUGAACAGUUGAAUUUGCCAGCUUUUAAAGAAUAUGGUUUGGAGGAGUUGAAAGCUGCUACCUCAAAUUUCUCUGCUAAUAAUAUUGUCUCUGAACACGGAGAGAAAGCCCCUAAUGUUGUGUUUAAAGGUCGGCUUAAUGGCAAUGGCCGUUGGAUAGCUAUUAAGCGCUUCCAGUCGUCAGCAUGGCCUGAUUCUCGUCAAUUUCUUGAUGAAGCGAAAACAGUGGGGCAGCUAAGGAGUAAGCGGCUGGCUAAUUUGCUAGGGUGUUGCUGUGAAGGGGAUCACAGGCUUCUAGUGGCUGAAUUUAUGCAUCAUGAAACAUUAUCCAAGCAUUUAUUCCAUUGGGAUAAACGACCAUUGGAAUGGUCGAUGAGGUUGAGAGUUGCUUUGUAUCUAACACAAGCAUUAGACUAUUGCAGUAGUAAAGGGCGAGAACUAUAUCAUGACUUAAAUUCUUACAGAGUUUUGUUCGAUCAAGAUUGUGAACCAAGGCUAUCGUGUUUUGGUUUAAUGAAGAACAGUAGGGACGGGAAGAGUUAUAGUACAAACUUGGCAUUCACCCCACCAGAAUAUUUGAAGACAGGUAAGGUGACCCCUGAGAGUGUGGUUUACAGUUUUGGUGCCCUGUUGCUUGAUCUUCUUAGCGGAAAGCAUAUUCCUCCUAGCCAUGCACUUGACCUUAUACGUGGAAAUAAUUAUCUGAUACUUAUUGACUCAUGCUUGGAAGGACACUUUUCAAAUGACGAUGGGACUGAGUUAGUUCAACUUGCUUCACAUUGUUUGCAGUAUGAACCUCAUGACAGGCCAAAUGUGAAAUCUCUUCUGACCUCCAUAACACCUCUUCAGAAAGAAAAAGAUGUUCCAUCAAACGUUCUGAUGAAUAUUGCUCAUGAAACCACCUCACCUGCCCAAGCAUCUUUAUCACCUCUUGGUGAGGCUUGUUCGACAUGCGAUUUAACUGCCAUACAUGAGAUAUUAGAAAAGGCUGGAUACAAGGAGGACGAGGGGAUCGCUAAUGAGCUUUCGUUUCAGAUGUGGGCUAAUCAAUUACAAGAGACCCUGAAUACUAGGAAAUCUGGCGAUUCUGCAUUUCGAGAUAAAGAUUUUACAACUGCAAUCAAAUGUUACACACAGUUUCUUGAGGGUGGAAAUGUUAAGUCCCCAACGGUGCUUGCAAGGCGCUCCUUAUGUUACCUAAUGAGUGAAAAGCCACAAGAAGCUCUUGCAGACGCAAUGCAAGCACAAGUACAAUUUUCCAAUUGGCCCACUGCUUUCUAUCUUCAGGCAGCUGCACUAUUCACUCUGGGGAUGGACUCAGAUGCUCGGGAAACUCUCAGAGAUGGUUCGUCCUUGGACUUCAGAAGAAUGAGGCAAUAAAUGUAUAUAGGCUAUUGAGUGUAGUUCUACGUAUAAAGACAUUGUAUGUACCACCUCCCAUACAUGAUUCACCAAUAUCAACUAAUUGUGGCAUAGAAGGUUUCUUCCUAACAUCCGUUAGAGGGCAGGUGAAUAAUUUUUAUCCUCCUCCUGCCUUCUGGGAGAACUGGUGUAUCUCCCACUUUUGUAAGUUAUUGUGCAAGUUCAAUUGGCAUUUCUGGAGAUGUAGAUGGAGAACUGGGACCAAAUUGUUAGACAAAGUCACAAAUACAAGUUCAUAGUAUUCAUUUUCGAAACCUUUGCAUGAGGUGGAAUUCGAAAAUCAAGUAUUUUUUCUUGGUUUAUAAUAACUUCAGUUGCAGGGGAAAGAAGUGAUGUAUCAAAGAUUCUUGCCAUGUUCUAAUGCUUUUUUUCCAGCAUGUUAGAAGCACAGUUCAUCAGGCUGUUGGAAAGUUCAUAUAUGAAAAAAGUUCUGAAAACAACAGAUUUGAGAAAUGAUUCAAUGAAACUAUAUAAGCUGAUCAAACUA